AUAUACUUUUCAUUUAACUUCCUAUUCCAUCUUCAUACUUGUCUGACUUUUAACUAUUGACUUUGAGUUUGACAAAGCUUCCAUCUUUCUUUUUUCUAAUGGCAACCACAGGGAAGCUUGAUGUUGAAGUCAAGGUGAAAUCCGAAGCAGAAAAGUUCUGGAAAAGCAUCAAGGAUGCUGCCACCACCCUCCCUAAAGUUUGCUCCAACAUUUACGAAAAAAUUGAAGUUGUUGAAGGGGAUGGAUGGAGCCUUGGAUCUGUCCGCGAGAUUCACUAUGGUGAAGGGAUGCCAUUUGGGAAGUCAAGGAAAGAGAAGAUAGAAGAAAUUGAUGAAUCAAAGAAGAAAGUGGUUUACAGUGUGAUUGGUGGGGAUUUAAUGGAAUACUACAAGACUUUCAAGUUUAGUAUUGAGGUGAUUCCCGAGGGAGAAGGAAGCCUUGUGAAAUGGCAAUGUGAGUAUGAGAAAACAAGUGAUGAGGUUCCAGAUCCUAUCAUGGGCAGAGACACUGCUGCCGAGAAUAUCAAGGAUAUUGAUGCUUAUCUUCUUAAAGCAUAAAAUAAAAUGCAUCUCUUGGAUCAAUUUGUGUUUAUUAUAAAUAAAAAGCAUACAUUGUCCUUUGUAUGUACACAAGUUGACCUCUGCUAAUAUGAAUAAUAUUAAUCGAUGUACUCUCCUUUCUUUACUUAUCGAAAUAAUAGC